AUGGGCAAGCGCAAGAGCUCCUCCAAGCCUCAAGCCAAGAAGACGGCAGGGAAGCUGGCCACCACAUUUGAUUGUCUCUUUUGCAACCACGAAAAGUCUGUCAUUGUCGAUAUCGACAAGAAGGGUCUCAUUGGAUCGCUCAAGUGCAAAGUUUGCGGCCAGUCUCAUCAAUGCAGGACAGACGCGCUUUCUGCGCCCAUCGACGUCUUUUCAGAUUGGGUAGAUGCUUGCGAUGCGGUCGCACAGCAGGAUGGCGCCGGCUCCAAACCACAAGCCAGGAGGGACGACUAUGACGACGACGAUGAUGAACUGGAGUAUGACUAG